GCGCGGGAUCACCAAUUGCAGCACAUGGGCUUAGCUGCCCCAUGGCACAUGGAAUCUUCCCAGACCAGGGAUCAAACCCUGCAUUGGCAUGCAGAUUCUUAACCACUGGACUACUAGGGAAGCCCUCCAUUGGAUUCUAAUGAGACCUUACUAUCCAUGAGCCAUGUGUCCCAGUACUUUGCUGCCUUCCAAGGUUGGCACGGAGAUGAGUGAGCAUCCUGUGAUGCUUUCAGUGACCACAGUCCUGGGCCUCUUGUUCCUUGCUGCUCAAGAAAUGUCUUCACUUUCAGAAUAUGCCUUGCGCAUGAGUCGUCUGAGUGCCCGGCUGUUUGGUGAGGUUGCCAGGCCUACUGAUUCCAAAUCCAUGAAAGUGGUGAAGCUGUUCAGUGAGCAGCCUUUGGCCAAGAGAAAGGAGACUUAUGACUGGUAUCCAAAUCACAACACUUACUUUGCACUCAUGGGGAUACUACGUUUUCUUGGCCUCUACAGAGACGAACAUCAGGACUUCAAGGAUGAGCAGCUGCGUCUAAAGAAGCUUCGUGGAAAGGAGAAGCCAAGGAAAGGAGAAGGGAAAAGAGCAGCGAAAAAGAAAUAGUGCUGGUCCGUCAGGGGAGGACUUCUCUCUCAGCGGCUGAAAGCAGGAGGAAGUAUAUUUACGGUCCAUCCACAUCCUGGAGGAGUCAGCUUCCCAGGUUGAAGACUGUUUGGAGGAAUACCAUCACGUCCGUGUUGAAAUCUAACCCAGUUGAAUUGUGACUGGUUUCAUUCUAAUUAUGCAAAAUUAUCUGCCUUGGUUCUGUAAUCUGAGGUUUACCUUAUUCCCCAAAGAAAUGGAAUGCAUGA